AUGAGUUUUACUGACGAUUGGUAUCAAACUGCCAUUGAAGAUUAUGAUCUUAAAAAUGUACCUUUCGAGAAUUUCAGUAAAAAAAAGAAAAAAAUAGGUAGAGGUGGUUUUGGUGAUAUAUUUUCUGCUACUUGUAAAUCAAUACCAUCAAUCCCGGAAGUGAUAGCAUUAAAGGGAGUGUCCGUGGGAGAGGAAGAUAGUGGAAUGAGUAUUAAAAUAUUUCUUAAUGAG